CGCAGCACGCCGCGAGAGACGAAGGCCUGCGCUGCUGCUGCUGCUGCUGGCUUAGAGUGAGUAUAUAAGGGGCCUUCGUGCGAGAGGGCUGCGCGGACUCGACACGGGCCGCUUGUACCGGUAAUUGACACCCUCCGGCACUCGUAACUCGCCGGUAAUUAUUAGACCUGCUUUAAUUUAUAUAGCUGCACGACUUAAAACGCGAAGCCAAGUCAAAUUGUCGGUAUUGAUAAAGGCUUAUUAUCUGGUCCGCGAACUUUGCUUUUGGAACGGCGAUAGUUUGCUGGGCUUUCUAAAAUUGUACUUUAAUUGGAAUCCCACGAUAUUAUAGACUUUACCGCAGCGGAUAUUGACACUUGCAGCUGUCUGAGCGUAUCCCGAAUUUUCCCCUCGCGCCUAUUCCGAAUUCAUCGGCAAGUUACUCCGUGGAAAAAUCCAACUCCAACAACUCUGAAGCAACAUUGGCGAGCAAAGUAAAGUCGCGCAUAUGCACGUACACACACGUGCAACACUCCUCCGGAGCAUCGGACUACACGUAUAUAUAUGCACGGUAUACACGUCGCGCGGCGUGCUCGGCCCCUCUCCUUUCCUAAUCAAAGCGCAGCCUCCCCUAUCGCCCCUUUCCCACCAGGUCCACUCAAUAGGCUCCCCACUCUCGCGGCCUCGGGUUAAGCUGGGUCCGCGAGCGUGUGUCUCUCCGAUCUCGUUUUGUGUGGUCUCUCACCCCGCGCGAGCGAGUGCACGAACCUCGCGCCGCUAUAUAGCAUAGUGCUGCUCCGUGUGUGCCUGUCCUGUGUAUAGUACGCGAUUACGCGUGGGCCGUCGAGUGGGGAGACUUCGGCUGAGAUCGAGACCGGGCGGUGUGCGUUUGUUUUGCUUUUUUCACGGACUGGAUACUUACUAGGUAGUAGAGCUUCUCUGCUACUACCUGGUACCGGAAAGAUCUUUUCAUGUAAUAUUAUCAGAGUGUACUCGCACAUUUGAGCACGACUGCAUAGUACGUACGAAUACGUUAAUGAUGCGACAAUUUUCUUGAAAUUAUACGUUGCCUGAGAGAACGAGCGACAACAAUUGUUACCAAGACACUGUCCCUCUGCACUGCUACCACAGCUCUCAGCUUGUAUCGACCGUUGCAGCGGCAGCAGCAGCAGCAGCAGCAGCAGCAGCAGCCAAGCAGCGCGGAGCGCGUGUGCGUGUUUAUUUCAGUCUCCCGCGCAAAAACAGAGCCUGCUGCAGCUAGCCGCAACCAGUGCUUAUUGCUUAUUAAAUAUACGUAUACCGCGCGUUCACAGCAGCAGUAGACAAUCGCCUCCCGACAAGCGACGUCGUCGUCAUCGUCGGGAACUCGGCUUACUCUCGGAUGCUGCUGAUGGACGCUUGAUAAAAGUGCAGUCGAGACUUCGAGAUGCCGAACAUCGAGGUCAUUUUCCCGAGUGAGGACCAGCCCUCGAGGAUCAAGAAGUGGAAGGUGUCUCCGGGCACAACCGUCACUUUCGGCAGGAUACUCCUGCUCUACCAGGAUGUCGCUACCGGGACGCAAGAGAAGAAGUUCAAGGCCCCGCAUUUUGGCAGGAUACUCAAGAUCCUGGUCAAGGAAAACGAAGUAGUUCAUCCUGGGCAAGUGAUAAUGGUUAUGGAAGAAUGUAAACAUCCAAGUGUAAUGAAAGAUUUGUGCGCCGAAUGCGGAGCUGAUCUUAGAGAAGAGUUCGCUGCAAACCCUGAAAAGUCACCAUUAUGUCAAGCCAAUGUGCCAAUGGUUCACAGUGUUCCAGAAUUAAAAGUGACUGUUGAGUUAGCUGAAAAAAUUGGUAGAGAAGAUAAAGAGAGACUAUUGAAACACCAACAGCUAGUAUUGUUAGUUGAUCUUGAUCAAACUAUUGUGCAUACUACUAAUGACAAUAUUCCAGCCAAUAUGGAGGAUGUCUACCAUUUUCAAUUGUAUGGUCCAACUUCACCUUGGUAUCAUACAAGGCUUAGGCCACAUACUCGUCAUUUCUUGUCUGAAAUCAGCAAGCUUUAUGAAUUGCACAUAUGUACCUUCGGAGCUCGACAGUAUGCUCACAGAGUAGCUGCCAUUCUAGACAAUGAUGGAAAGCUCUUUUCUCAUAGAAUAUUAUCAAGAGACGAAUGCUUCGAUCCACAAUCUAAAACGGCAAAUCUUAAAGCUUUAUUCCCUUGUGGAGUAGAUAUGGUUUGCAUCAUUGAUGAUAGAGACGAUGUAUGGCAAGGUUGUGCAAAUUUGGUACAGGUCAAACCAUAUCAUUUCUUUCUGCACACAGGUGAUAUAAAUGUACCCCCAGGCUUAGGAAAGCAUGAUGAUCCCAGCCCUCCAAAAUCUCUUACAGAGGAAGUUUUGGAAGACACAAAUUCAAACGAAAAUAAUGAAAAUGGUGAAAAAACGCAAAGUCAAGGUGGCGAGACAAAUAAUCAAAAGGACGAAGAAAGUGAAAAAAACAGUGGUCAAGAAGAAAAAGAUCAAGAAAAGCCAAAGGAUGGCAUAUCAGAAAAAGAUUCCAAGAAUAUAGAAAAAUCAGAAGAUGUAACAAAAUUAAAAUAUGUUGAGUCGGGAACAAGUACGGAAAAAACUGGUGAAGAUAGUAAUAAGAGUCAAAGUUCGGGCAAAGACAAAUCCGGAAAUGGGGAAGGUAAACAAACAUCUAUAAAAGGUGAAAAAAGUAAGAGUAGCCAUUCAGAAAAAUCCAAAUCGAGGAGAAGACAUGCGAAAGAAAAGCGGGAAAAGCAAAAACAAGAGGAAGCGCCUCAAUUCAACAGUCAAGAAAUGGAAGAUCAAGAUGACUACCUGCUGUAUUUAGAAGAUAUUCUUAAAAGGAUACAUACCGAAUUUUAUGCCGAAGGUGAUUCCGAGCCGAGAUCAAGGACUCUUAAAGAAAUAAUUCCAAAGGUCAGGUCCCGCGUUUUGAAGGGAUUAUGUUUAACUUUUAGUGGUCUUGUACCAAAUAAUCAAAAGCUUCAUCAGAGUCGGGCUUACAAAGUUGCUAGAGCUUUUGGAGCACAAGCGUCGCAGGAUCUCACUGAACAAACUACGCAUUUAGUAGCCAUUCAACCUGGCACCGUUAAGGUACGCGAAGCCAAGAGACAAGGCAAGGUUAAAAUUGUUAAUCCUGACUGGCUUUGGACAUGUGCAGAACGGUGGGAGCACGUCGACGAACGUUUAUACCCCCUCAAAGAAGUACCACUGCAUAAAGCUCGCGAAUUCAGGAAGCCUCCAGCCCACUGCAGCACACCAGAUCAUAUAGAGGAUAUCACCCUGAAAGCAGAGGAUAAUUUUGCCAAUAGCAUAAAUCCUCUUAUGGUGUUCUCUCAAGAGGAAAUCGCAAAUAUGGAUAAGGAAGUCGACGAGGACAUGUCUGACCUUGAGGACAUGCUCAAUGACUCGGAGGAGGAAGGGAAUAAUCGUAAAAGGGAAUUCGAUUCAGAUUCCAACGAUGUUUAUGGUAACGAUUAUUUUGAUGAACCUCCAUGCUCUAAAAAGAGAAAAAAAUCCAGCGAUGCUGAGGAUAGCUGUAACAAUGACUCUUCGGAUGAAGAGAACAAGAGGCUUUGCGCAGAGUAUGAGGAUGACGACGAAGACGAUCCGGUGACACGUUUCAGAAGGGGUGAAGGUCUUCCGGACGACCUAGAUCUCGGCGACAAUUCUCAGGACUCGGUCGAGAACCUUGAAGCUGAAGACAUGGAGGAUGAGCGCGAGUGGAACGCUAUGGGGGCCGCCCUUGAGCGGGAAUUUCUUUCUGAAUAAUAUUGUUGAAUUGAUAGUUUUCUCUAGAAGGGUUGAUUUUUGGGAGAAAAAACAUCGUACCACUAUAGGAGUGCAACUCUGGGACAAUUGAAAAAGUGAAAGUUUACUUUUUUAUGAGAUAGAAAAGUCUAUUAAAUAGUAAAAAAAUAUAUAUUUACAUAUAAUGUUCUUUCAAGUGUUGAAGAGACUAAAAGUUGAGCAUUUUGCAUUAUAAUAGUUCUGAUAUUAUUCUUUUCCAUGAUACAUGGUCAAUUGUAAAAUAAAUAAUUAAUUUAAAUGACAAUAUCAAGUUCUAAUGGUAAAAAUACUUUAGCAAACAUUCAAAUUAAGAUUCAACAUAUUUCAAAGCUUUUUCUUUAGAUAUUCUAUCAUAUUAUUUAGUUUCAAUUCAUUUUAUUUUUCAUUGCUUAAAGAUAGGGUGUAAGUACUAUCAUAUUUGAAUAUUUGUUUGUUUACCCAUUAAUUAUACUUAAUUAUUUUAAAAUAACUGAAACAAAUUGUAAAUACUACAGUGGUAUUUAUUAAUAGAUGUAAUUUAAACUAUUGGCUAUUGCAAACAUCAUUUUUUUUACAUCGAACUUAAAAAAUUGAAUAAUAUCAAGAUAAAUUUGUUUUACUUUAUAAAGAGCUAAAAGAAAAUAGUAUAUUCAAGUACAAAAAAUGUUCCUAGUUUAGUCUACAUUCUGGGCCGUAUUACAUAAUAUGUAUAAAAAUUACUUUGGUAAGUUUUUUCUUUUAUUGAAUUUUUUGCACUAAAAGUGUACAAAAUAAAAAUCAACUGAUAUUUUAUCUAAUGUAAACAAUAUUUUUUACAGUAACAUUUUUUGCUUAUCUUCUACAAAUUAUUUUAUUUAAACAGCAUAAGGCUGUGGGUCAUUUGGAUCUUCAUAGUACUUUUUAUAAGCUGGUUUGUGUGUGAAAUCUCUUUUAUCCUCGAGAGAUCCUCUCUUGUAAUUUUUAUCGUAUUUAAAGGCAUUUUCUGACUCUCCGUAAAAUUCAUUUACUACCUUAAUGUUUUCUCUGUAUACGCUAGCAGCAACCUUUUUACCUGUGAUUGGAUCAGUUACAUCUCCAAGAGGCAUUAUGACUUCAAUAACCUAAACAAGUUCACAUUGAAAGUAAGCGCAUCAUAGAUUAUAGUAUUUCUUAUUCUUUUAAUCUAAUGUUACAAAAACUUGAUUCAGAAGAAACUUGAAUACUUAUAAUAUAUUCCUGUUAUUACAGUACGUAAAAAAAAAUGAACAAACAUCUUACCUUAUGUGUUAUAUGUUUUGUCAUUUUUUCUGGCAAACUUUGCACUAAGACCAUAUCUCCAGUUUUGCACAAUCUAUUUGGAUCAUGAGCAAAAAUAUAUUGAUACUUUCUAAAAUGCUAAAACAAAAAUUAACGUUUUAGAAGAUCAUAACCUCAAAUGUCUGAUUUGGUACAAAAAGUAUUAAAGCGCAAUAGAAGAGUUGCCAUACCAUAUGUAAAUAGUCAUCGUACUCGAAUACAGGUAUUUGAACUCUUGUUGCAUUCGUUUUUACCGAGGGCAUGCAUUUUCCCAUAAAAUAUUUCACUGUUUGUGCCGCAGCACCUUUUGCUGCUUGUGUUGCCAUUGUUCAAUUGUUGGAGACUUAUUAUAGGUUAUGGCCUUAUGGCGACUCGAAAUGCUAUACUUUAUAUAUAUAUAUAGCUCUGAUGGUAUUAGCGAGCGCGGGCUUUGCUCUAUCGUAGCUUUAAAUUUAAAUUCAGCUAAUUGUAUCUGAUCGUAUAUAAUCUUACUUAUAGGAUUGGAAUAAAUAAUUUAUUGUUUUGAAUAAAAAAUACAUUAUAUUCAGGCAAAAGUGUAUAUAAAAUUUAUUUUUGCUUUAAAAUUACAGCUUAUUAAAUUACAAAACUUAAUUCAACGUUAAAAUAAGUUAUUCUUCUUCUCUGCUUCAUCAGCUUCAGCAGGACCAUGCGUGCCAAAUCUAAAAAAGACAGGACAGUUAUAAGCUAAUCCUUACACCGCCAAAUGAAUGUGUACAAGUAUUCAAAGUUUUUACUUGUAGUCGAUCGGACGAAUUUUUCUACUUUCAAUUUCAUGCAGUACGGGAGUGAAAAUUCUCCAGGCCUCACUCAGCUCAUCGGUCCAAGAUCAAUCUUACGUAUGCCUCGGGAUUAUUCAAAUUCUAGUUGAAGGUUGCCAAUAUCAUUUUCGUAAAGUGAGCAUUGAUGGGUUCGAUAUCGGAUGUUAUACCAGGAGUCUUUGACACGAGCUUCAUCUCGACCGCUUCACCUGUGAUUUUGAAGACAAGCUCGUUUCUUUCAGCCUGACCAUCAUGAAGGUCGUCUUCGGCAUUUUUAUACUGAAUUCUUACUUGAGUCUUCUUCUCAUUGAGUCCUAAAUGAUCUUCCGAGAUUUAUUAUUAAAUUUGGCAUACCUUUGCCGGCUCUGUUAAUGAAAGGCACUCCGUUCCAGCGUUCGUUUUCUAUUCUCAACACAGUGAGAGCAAAGGUUGGCGUGAGAGAGUCGUCGGGAACCGAGGGUUCCUCCCUGUAACCUAUCCUUUCUUUGGGAUCCUUAGAGUCGGGGUUACCGAUGUAUUGCCCGAGUACGACAUCGUUUAAGGCAAUCGAUUUCGUGUUCUUUAAUAGGUCUACCUUCGCGUCUCUGUCGAUUUCAACCGAUAUAAUUAGACAUUGUUAAGUCGUCGACAACGCAGGUCUAUAUUUGUAUGUAUACGACAUAAGUUUACCUAAUAUCGCCGGGGUGAUUGGUCUGAAGUUUUUCCAUAGCGAUGAGAGACUAUGUACAAGUACAAUGAUGUUAUCAAGUUGGAUAAGCACAAAAGAUUGUAAAACGAAAUAAAAGUAUACAUGUGAAUAUUAGAAGAAAAUUUUUAUUCCACACGUGCAUACGGCUUAUCAAACUUUGUCGGCUCAUUUCUCUAUAUAUACUAUUCCGAUGUACUAUAGUUUACCUAUACAAUUACAAUCUCUUUCUCUUACACGCUGGACGCUGUACUGCACACACAGAGCUUGAAUAUUUUCUACGCACUCCGGGGUUUUUAAUGUUUCGGUGCCGAUGCAAUCAGUUUUGAGAUUGAGAUGGCCUAAGAUCGUGGCAGCCUAAUCAACAUUUGCCACCUAGAAAUUAACUACGUACAUAUCACGGUCUUGUGCACGUGAGAAGUCCUGACACGAGAAAUGAUAAAAAGAAUAACUAUCUAUAAAAUUUUAUUGUUCUGUUUUUGCAAUUCUUCACACUAGUAUUUGAAUAAAAAAUUCGCUCUAAUAACACAUACAAUAUAUACAAAAUUGCAAUCUCACGCAUUGCUUAUUUCUUUACAGAAAAUUGUUCUUCUUCUCCAUCUCAUCGGCUUCCACAGGACCAGUUGUGCCAAAUCUGUAAUCACAUGACCAAAAUAAUGAAGUUAAAUUUCAUCGCUGAAGAGACAAGAGGCCACUCUCAUUUUGAUUCUUACUUGUAUUCGAUAGGUUGGAUUUUCAUAUCUUCAAUGGCAUGAAGUACGGGAGUGAAAAUUCUCCAAGCCUCGCCAAGCUCGUCAAAGCGAACGAAGUUCAACUGUGUGCCGCGGAAAACGUCGAGCAGCAGUCGCUCAUAGGCUCCCGGGUUCGAGAGAUUCUGGAAUAAAAAAAUUUAUAUCGCCAAGUCUUCUCCCGAACUUGUUCGUUUUUCGUUAACUUCUUAUAUAUAUAACUCACGGGGUAUUCCUUGAUGUAGUCGAAGUCGACGGUGAUCUUCUCGAGGUCGCUCGCAAUACCGGGAGUUUUUGACAUGAGCUUGGCCUGCAGAGCUUCGGUCUUUCCUAUGCGGAUGACCAGUUCGUUCCUCUGACUCUGGCCAUCGAAAAGAUCCUCGUCGACGUUCUUGUACUGGAUAAUCACGUCGGUCCUGUUGAUGUUCAAUCCCUUGCCAGCGCGGAUGAUGAAGGGGACACCGCUCCACCGCUCGUUCUCGAUUCUGAGGACAGUCAGAGCGAACGUCGAGGCGAUCGAGUCGUCGGCUACGGUCGGGUCGUCCCUGUAGCCGAUCCUUUCGCGAGGAUCCUCGGAUUCGGAAUUUUUCACGUACUGACCGAUGACCACAUCGUCCAGGGUAACGGCUUUCGUUUUCUUCAAGAGUUCUACCUUGGCGUCCCUGUGUCGAAUCGAACGAACGAGUAACGAAACAGCAUUAUUUGCGAUGUCGGCGUAGGAAGCUUUUCCGAUUAGGUGCUUACCUCACGUCAUCGGGGUGAGUGGUAACCGGCUUCUCCAUGGCGAUGAGCGACAUGAUCUGCAGUAAGUGAUUUUGCAUAACGUCCCUGAUCAUGCCGUUGCUAUCGAAGUAUCCGCCUCGGCCCUCAACGCCAAAGUUUUCUUUGAAGUCGAUCUCGAUCGCGGCGAUGUUGUCCUUGUUCCAAGAGGAGCUGAACAUCUUGUUGGCGAAUCUGAGACUGAGUAGGUUCUGCACCAUUUCGUAGCCGAGGAAGUGAUCCAUACGGUAGAUCUGAGCUCCUCGGUGAAGAGAGCUGUGAGCUGCUUCGAGAGCUUGUCAGCGCUUUCGGAGUCGCGACCGAAGGGCUUUUCCACGACAAUCCUCGUUGCUCCUCUGAAAUUGUCAUUGCAAGGUUGCAAUCAUCAUUUUUACGCAAUGUCUACGCGCUAUCGUAUAAUGUGGGCAUCCUUACUUAUUGGCCAUUCAAGCUCUCUUGAUCUGCGAGGCAGCACUGGGAAAAACGGCGGGCGGCAACGCCAGGUAGAAGAUUCUGUCAGCCUCGUUUUCGUCAUUUUCGUCCUCGCUGAUGAUCCGAUUGAUUUUGUCGUAAUCGGCGUCAGCAUCGUUGGUACCGCUGACGUACUCGUUCAGGGACCAGAACUCGUCGUAUAGCUUUUCUUCCUGAGGACUGACCUGGACGAAAGGCGCGACUCCAUUUCUGAUAUCCGCGACGGUCAGUUGCGACAAAGCGUAACCGUAAAUCUUUGUCUUCGGAGGCAAAAGUUGAUCGCGGUAAAGGUACCAGAGGGACGGGUAGAUCUCACGCCUCGCUAGGUCGCCCUGCAACCAAGGCACGGUUUCGCAAUAUUGAAAUUAAUAUGUUAAGUCAUGUACAUAGGCUAUUAUCUUAAUGAUAUCUGUAGGCUACUGGCUUAUCUCUGUGUGGAAAUAGUCAGGAUUAAUGGGAAAUUGGUCUAGUUGAAUUUUAUGUAUACAUAAAAUUGAUUUCUAGUAUGCUUAUCAUUUCAAUAGAUUUAGUCUAAUAGUUGUAGGGAGAGUUCACGCAGAAGUAAUAAUAAAAGGUUUCUAUUCUUAGACGAGUUAAAUUACUUAAAAAAUAUCUUCUGUAUACAUACAGACAACGUAUUGCAAAAAGCAAAAAAUGAACUGAUAUUCUAAAUGGGAACCAGCUGAGAAAAUUUUUAACGCACACUUGUCGCUGUGGUAGAGGGUUGUCGCAAGAUAAAAAGCAAAUAAUAGCAUAGAUUCAUUCACACGAGACGAUACUAAUGACUAUUCAGUAAUCAUAUGAUUUUUUCGAACUAAUCGCAUAUUUGGCAUGUCUGUGGUUCGUGGACAUGCCUGCAAUUCACACUCAUUAUAAAUAUCUCCUGGAGAGCGAAAAGCAAUCUAUCUACAUAAUCGCUUCAAUGCGCAGGUUCAAUAUUCAUCAAAAUCGAUUGUAUUUUGUUCAUUUUAUCAUAAAAUCACAAAAGAAUAAUUAGUUGUAUGAAAAAGUAGUAUAAUACGCGGAGCUUAGGAAAUUUCACAUUAUUACUAUAUCAGUAUUAUUGAAGCGAAUUUAAAACAUGUUGUUUUACUGGGAAGUUUGGCAUUUUUACCUAACUCUCAUGCGGUUCUCGAUUCCGACUGUCAAAGCAAAUACAUAUUAUCACAAAAAUAAAACUUAAGAAGAAUAAAAGCAUGAUGCGCUUUACUGUCAGCUAGGGCUACAUCCGAUUGGCUUAUGGCCCGUGUGUUCAAUGAAUGCGGAACGAAAGCGAAGCAUUCAGUCGAGGCUAUUGAGAUGCGAGAAUUUUUUUAUUUAUGAUUGUUAAUUUAAAUGAAAAAUAGAAAAAAAAAAGAUUCCUUUUAUUUUAAUUGGCUUGCAAAUUUUAUGGGAACAAGAAUACUUUUUGUUGGAUUAAAAAAGACUAAAAAAUUACACACUUUUUAAAAAAAAACUGAUUUAAUGACUAUAUCUGUAUAGCUGCGCACUUUGGUUACUUACCUACAGCCAAGAAGAACAGGAUAAAAAUGUUCUUUAGCGCCAUCGUGCCAAUAAAUUGUAUGAAACUAUAAAAGGAUAGCACUUAAGCGUAUCGAGUAACUAUGUUAAUCCCGUAGCGAGGAUUAUAUACUCCAUAUCGUAUUCUCUUCAUCCCUCCUUGUCAAAUGGUUAUCUUUUUUCUGUUGAAUGUACCUUUUUAUAGUAAUAAAUUUACAUAGUCUGGCAUAUGAUGUUAUUCAAUGUUCCAAGGAAUUGACACAGAUGCGUAUUACUCCUUAGCCUAUUUGUUGAUCAAAGCAGUACUUGUAUUAAGAAUAUUGUGUGUAAUCAAAUUCAAAUAUCAAUCUCUAUAAUGCAAAUAAAUUUUUUCGGUAGUAAACAAAUUUUUAGUGGUGCAUAUAAACGAUUAUGUAAAUUCAAGAAAUUUGACACUUAUAAAUAUUCAAUUCAUUCGUUUCGAAUUCGAUGAUUUAUCAUGACUUAGCUUUAAUUGUGCUUGCAUAUUACACGCACCAUUUAUUGCUGUCGGCAAAAGGCUUACUGUUUCACCUUUAAACUUGAAAAAGGUCAUUUCUCUUAGCGAACAGAAAUAAGUAUAUCAUGGAACAAGGAAGGGAUGGACGUAUGCUCAUUUUUUAUGUUUUCUGGAGCAGAAGUGAAAGUUGUCAAAAUUAGGAAUGAGUAAAAAAUAACAAUUUUCAGAAGUAAAAGUUUAAUAAUAUAGAAUAAGUGAUGUUUUACAGUACUUUAUAAGUCAAUUGUUAAGAUUUUCAUGUUUAAGGCAGUGUCAUGUAAAAAUAUUUUUUAAUGGACUGAACAUGGCGAACAUUUCAAGUUAUUUGUCGUUGAAAAACAAUUUUAUUAGUCGAUAAUGGAAAAACUACAUUUUGCUAGUAAACAAUUUGAAAAAUUGUACAAAUUCAUAUCCAACAUUUAUAAUAAAAAAACUCAAAACGAUUAAAAACUAUCUACAAAGGCCCCGUGUUAAUCGUCUGCGUCUGUUAAAAUGUAUUUAUAAAUAUGUAUAGUAGUUACAUUAGAAUAUAUACUUUAAUGCAUGCAUUAUUCGUUGACGCGUUGCAGGAGACACUUUUGGAAGCGAACAAAGCUACAGACGCUAUCUUUUCAUUUGAAAUAGUUAAACACGAAUGUAAACGUUAAAAUUAGAAUGACAAAAAACUGUUAUUAUCAAGCGAUAUCAUUAAUUAUUCUUCACAAAAAAGAGAGUAUUCGUGUAAAACUAUCUUAAAUACGAUAAAAAAAAUUGUUUGGGAACAUUAAUUCCAAACGCAUUUUGCAAUAUAUAGCUAGUCCUGGAAGUGAGAGUCUCUCGUGCACUCUAUAUUGCGAUGAACGUUGCACUGAGAAAAACAUAAAGCUGUAAUCGCACUAAUUGUUCUUUAUUUAGGAAAUUCAAAAGUUGAUUACUUAUUUCACUUUUGAUCAAAUAACAAAUAUAUUCAAGUUUUUUUCGUAAAAUGGCUCUUCUUGAACAGACAUAAUCCCUCACCGCAUGCGUGUUUAAAACUGCUGAAAAUCAUCAAUUAUACUGAUUAAUUAGUCGAACAAUCAAACCCACUUAAGAAUAUACGACAUUGAACUUUUUGAACAAUGUAUUUAAUGUUAAUACAACCGAAUUAAAAAGACAAUUAAUUUUCUUAAGUAAUCAACUUUCUCAUAUACUCGAAACGCUUUGAUGCUUGAUUACAGAGUGUAAUACACAAACUAGUGCAUGAAAGAUUAACAGAGAUACGCAUUCGAGUAAAAGUAAUACACAACAAAUGGUCCUCCACCAAGAUAUUUAACGAAUAAUAAUAUUAAUAAUAGAUAUGAUGCAGUACAAAAACACGCGUCAAAUAUGAAGCAUAAAAUAGAAAAAACAGCGCUUGUUUUUCUAAUGCACGGAUUAAUUAUUUAUUAAAUGCAAAGUGUACCCCAACAAAUUGCUUUUGCUGAGGAAAUUGUAACUCUCAUAGAAAAAAAUUAAUUUUGCUGCAAGGUUUAACGACUAAGCAACAUUAAUAAAAAUAUAUCUGCAACGUGUAUGUGUCUCAUUUAUACGUCACAGUUCGCUCAAUUCUCAUUGUUACUUUUUAGUUUUUUCUGAUAUCCCUGAAAUUCUGAAAAAUUACAUUAACUGCGUAUCGUUAAAUAAUAUGCCUACACAUAAAGCUUUCAGUAUUUGAUACUUCUGAUAAGACUGAAAUAUAAAGUUUUCACAAAAUCACUUAGUUAAUAAAGUAAUUUGUGAGAUAAUAUGAAAAAUCUUCAAUAUCUUAUGAAUUUUAAAAAUCCUACGUUUAAAAUAAAAUCUUUAUUAAACAUGGAUAUGUUGAUUUUUAAAACAAAGACUCGCAAAGAUUUGUAAAGAAUGAAUUAUUAAUCAGCUUAUUGAUCUUAUUAAAAAUAUGCUAAUGAUUUUAUUAAUUUGAUGUCAUAAAAAUAUUAUGGAUCAACAGUAAUUUCUCGACUAAAAAUUGAAAAUAACCUUUUCGUUUACAAUAUGAAAUUCGGACGUCCAGUGAUAAAAUAGCCGGUUUAAUGCUUUAUUUCUGUUUUAUGCUAAAAAUACUGUGAAAGGCUUUACGUCGCAUUUGUGAUUUUUUUUUUUUUUUAUUAUUACCUUUGUGUCUAUUUAUUUCACUUUGUAACCUUUUUUACGAUACGCGAUAUGGCUGCUACACAACUUCCACGACCUGUGAUGUAUUCUUGCACUUUGCACAGCGUAUUUAAUACCCAGGCAAAAAAUAAUUAUACAUAAUUGCAUGUGGAUUAUUUAUGGUUAUAUAUAUAAAUACAUCUUUCAAUUUGUAGCAUUUAUAUGUAUGUAAACUUCUAUGCAUGACCCUCUUCUGAUUUUACUAAAUUUAAAAGUUUUUUUUUGUUAUUAGUCAUAAAAAUAUGAAUCCAAAAUGAAUUACAUAUAAUAACUUCCUUUGCAACAGAAAGUCCUUAAUAAUUAAAAAUCCUAGAAUGCGCUUCAUACUAAAUAAUGUAUACGUCGGUUCAUGCUUUCGACCCGAAUGUGUACACUUAAUGUUUAAUUAACAUCUUUCAAUUAUACUUAUAAGCAUAGUCGUAGCGGAAGCAAAAAAAUUUAACUCUCUAAAAAUCUUGUCUUAUAAGUCUAAGAUUUCGCAGUCGUUAUACGUGAAAAUUAUUUAAUUGCAAAUCUUCACAUUUUUGACAACCUCUUUCACUUGUAUUUGACAUUCAACGCCUUUUUAAUAGCGGAAUAUACGAUUGAAAAAGUAUUGUUAAAUACAAGAUUAACAAUAAUAAGGUACAAAGUGAAUAAAGUUGCUUUUCUGUAACAUAUAAAAAGAAGACAAUAUCAGAGCAAAUAUUAAAAUUGAUUAUUACAGUUAAUAAUCAAGUAAUAAUAAUAAUAAUAAUUGUCACAAUGUUAUUAUAUAGUCACCCGUUAUCGACUACUAAUCAAGAUUAGGAUGUAAAUUUCUGCAUAUAUAAUUUUAAAACAUUAGUUCAAAAAUCUUAAGACAAAUUAUUAUAAAAUUGUAAAAAAAGUUUAAA